GCUUAAUUUUACAGAUUCUUGCUUUAUCGAAAUUGACUUGUCAAGCAAAGAAGCUAUUUCAAAAUAUCAGGAGCAAAUGUCUAUAGAUAUCGAUACAUCACCUUCCGUCUCAAUAUGGAAAGCAGCAGAGACAGGCGACAUAGAAGCUCUUGAAUACUUUUUACUACACAAUACUGAGCUACUCAACAUGCGUGAUCCAAACACAGAAUGUACACUUCUUCACCUCUUAGUUUCCAAUGUACCCGACCCUAUACGACCACUAGAGCUCCUACUGAAACAUGGAGUAGACGUUACAGCUCAAAACAUUUAUAAUGUCCAAGCGAUUCAUGCUGUCUUUCUGAACUGUUCUUGUCCACUCGAAGCUGUCCGAUUGCUUUUAUCAUAUGAUGCAAACCCCAAUGCGCGAGAUGGCGAUGGAUGGACACCGCUUCAUUAUGCAGCAAGGUUCUGUCAGUUGCCUGAACCAGUCUUAAAACUAUUAAUUGAUGCAGGUGCAGACGUAAAUGCCAUAGAUGUCAACCAAAAAUCGGCCUUAUUCAGUCUUUUGGCUAAUGGAGAUCACAGCCAGACACUUGAUUGGCUCAUUCACACCGCAAGGGCAAACUUAAAAAUAAAAGGAGAUUUUGUGGACAGCUUGACACGUAGGACAAGACAAGGCACGUUGAUACUGCAAGCAGCCAAAUAUGGAAGAUUCUCCUGUUUACAGCUCCUAGUCAACUCAGAGACGGCAAUGCAGAGUCUGCAGUCUGUUUUGACCAGAGAAGAACUGGAUGACGCCAUUGGCAUCAUAAGAAUGCAGCUGUUGAAACUGUCAACAAGAGAACAAAUAGAGAAACUAGGAUCAAUGAUUAUUUUAUUGGAAGAACUGACUCAGAAAUUAUCCAAGAAAAAGAAUAAAUCAAAACAUCAUUCGGUCAUUAAGAGAAGGCCUAACCUUUUGAGGAGGAUAGUAGCUGCUGCGGUUACCAGGACAACAACAACAACAACAACAGCAGGUGUUAAUGGGAAAAAAAUAUAA